AUGGCAGGUGAAAACUCAAGUAGCGCAGUGUCUAACAGUCCAGCAAAAGGAGAGAAGGAUACCAGAAGGAAUUCCGCUGGAACUGGCAAUACUGAGAUCAGCUAUAGCGAAGCUACAGAUGACGACGAGAGUGAAGUGAGAGCCAGAUUUGUGAGAAACGAUCCUUUUAGCGAUGACAGUCCCAAUGCUAAUGCCGCGGAAACAAGGCCUCAAACAUCUCCAUUACUUUCAUCUACUCCACCGACAGUGGCAAAAUCUUUAAUUAAAGCAUACCCUUAUUUGAUUAUUGUUAAUAAGUUAUUGGCAGUUUUCACAUGGACCAAUGAAAACUACUGGGUCAAUAUUGUGAUAGUUAGUUCUUACGCUUUAAUAGUGUUAUAUUUUGAGAAUAUUGUUACCUGGUUUGGACAUCUUAUAAUUGUGGGAAUUGUUACUUUAUAUGCUUUAUUGAACACCAAGAUUUUGGAGGAAGCAAAUCUACGCCCAACUUUGGAUGAUGUUGUUCAAGCUCUAACUGCCACGCGUAUAAAGGCUGAUUUAUUGUUGAGUCCUGUUACAUCUUUAUCUCUAACAGCAUAUGACAUCAAAAGACUAUUGUUUACAACUGUCUUUCUUACACCGAUUUAUUUGAUAGUCACAUUUUUAUUGAUCAAACCAAGAAUUAUCUUAUUGGUUUCGGGAAUAUAUGUCUUAACAUAUCAUUCAUCAUAUUCGAGAGUGACUAGAAAGAUUUUAUGGAAGAUCAAACUCGCGAGGUUGAUUUGCUUUUAUUUGACGGGUUUAGAUUUCCUGCAAGCUAGGAAUCAUUCUUUAUUCGCUGCUGCAUUCGCCAAAGUUCAAAAGAAUUCUGGCGGUUCAUUGGGCUCGAUUGGUUCGAGCAGCGACAGUAAGCCUGUAAGAUUUACAUAUGUGAUCUAUGAAAAUCAGAGAAGAUGGCUAGGCAUCGGGUGGACUUCAAACUUGUUAUCUUAUGAGAGAACUCCAUGGACAGAUGAAUUUUUAAACGAAUCUUCUUCUAUUGAAUCGUUUCAGUUACCAAACACUGAUAAUGAUGAAUUUAAUAACCAUAAGAUGAAUGGAGCAAAUUGGAGAUGGGUAGACAAGACAUGGAGAUUGGACUUGACGAAUGACGGAGCAAUUACAAUGCCAGUUUCAAAAAGAUCAAAGACUAAUGCUGACCCCGCUCCAGAUGAAGGAUUUAUAUACUAUGAUAACACGUGGAAAAAGCCUUCAACUGAGGAUUCAUACUCCAAAUAUACCAGAAGAAGACGAUGGAUUCGAACUGCUGAACUUGUGUUCAAUGCAAGCGUUGAUGCAAGAAAUCAAACUAGCGACGAGGAGGUCAUUCAACCAAAGAACUCUUCUCCCUCUCAAGCAAAACAGAGAAAAUCUUUACGCUUUUCGGAACCAGAGAUAAAUAAGCCUGGGUUAGAAAAGAUCCCGUCAGACGCCGACGAAACUAAUACCGAGAAAAAAUCUUCAAUUGAAUCUGCUUACGAUGCACUUGAAAAAAAGAACUCGCAAUCUAAGAAGAAAGAAGACUAA